UCAAAGUCAAAAGAUUCCGUCAAAAAGCUUCGGGCCUUCUUCAUCUUCCCCUCAAGCAGAGCUUUGACGUUUCUCUUCUCCUCUCCGCUGCCCAAAUCAAAUCCCUAAUUUUAACCAUCAAACCACCUCAAGCUUCGGCUACAGCUCUUACCAAGAACCCACAAGACAAAUCGCUGCGGCUUCUACCAGGAACCCACAAGCUACAGCCGACAGCUAUUGCAGAAAAAGUUCAUCUUCUGCAUUGGGUGAAAAGCUGAGCAGCAAAAUCAUCAUCUUCCUCUCUCAUACUCAUACUACUUUUAUGGACGUAUCGGUCGGUUGGGGGAAGGGCGGCUGCUUUGGUCGCCUGGGAAGUAUGGACGUAUCCAGAGAUUCCAGUGUCAGAAUCAUCGGGAAUGUCUCCCGUUUUUGGGGCUCCGACCAGGCGAGCAAUGCAUGCAAAGCAAGCUGCUGCUGCUGUCUAGUCAACAGACCACAAUCAAUCAGAAAAGCUACAAGAGGGCCGCUGCUUUUGCCGAGACAAGCAACACUGGACUUCUAUUGGCUGCUGCUUCUCCUGACCUCCUUCAACUUCACUACUUUCGUGCUCUCCAAAACCAAUGCUCCCGACGUUUCUGCGCUCAAUGUCAUGUACACCAGCAUGAAUUCUCCGUCCAAACUGGAUGGCUGGAAAUCAAAUGGAGGUGACCCUUGUGGUCAAUCUUGGCACGGAAUCAAAUGUUCAGGCUCCAGUGUAACUGAAAUUGAUCUCUCUGAUUUGGGACUCACUGGAUCAAUGGGCUACCAGCUUUCAAGUUUGACAUCCGUCACUUACUUUGAUUUGAGCAAAAACAAUCUCAAGGGUGAUAUACCGUAUCAACUACCUCCUAACGCACAAUAUAUAGAUCUUUCAAGGAAUGGAUUCAGCGGCAGUGUGCCAUAUUCAAUUUCGCAGAUGAUUAAUCUUGAAUAUUUGAAUCUUAAUAACAAUCAGCUCAAUGGACAGCUGAAUGAUAUGUUCGGACAACUUUCUAAACUCUCUAAGUUGGAUUUGUCUUUCAAUUCAUUUACUGGCACAUUACCCCCGAGCUUUAAAUCCCUCUCAAGCCUCAGCACAUUGCAUUUGCAGAAUAACCAGUUUACCGGUUCAAUAAAUGUCCUUGCCAAUCUUCCACUUGAUGAUUUGAAUGUGGCAAAUAAUCAGUUUACAGGUUGGAUUCCUGAUGAAUUGAAAAGCAUCAAAGAUAUAGAGACUGGAGGAAACUCUUGGUCUUCAGGGCCUGCUCCUCCCCCACCCCCUGGUCAGAAAAGUGAUCCUCAUGCCAGGCAGUCAAAAGAAGAUAUCAAAAAGUCUGGUCUUAGUGGAACAGCCAUUGCAGGAAUAGUUCUGGGUAUUUUGGUAGUGUUUGGUGUCAUAAUCACUUUAUUCUCACGAAAAUCUUCUUCAUCGCAUUUUCUUGAAGAAGAUAGGCUCAGCCGCAAGCAUAGUCCAUUUUCUCCUCUUGCAAUUCAUGAGCUGUCCAAUGAUUUGCCUAAUGAUGUGCAGAACGACUUCAGAGAACGGAAGUCAUUUGGUUCGUCUUCUUCAGUGAAAGUAAAAUGUUUACAGACAUCUGCUUCAAUGAGUCUUGAGACGGGGAAAACUCUGCAAGCAUCUCCUUCUCCAGGUUUUAAGUCAGGAAAAGCAUUGGAAGCCUCUCUUUCAGGAGAUCUUAAUCUCCCACCUUCUGAUUGUGCUAGAUAUACCAAUCAUAAUGAAAUUACAGAUCGUCUAGAAAGGAGCAGUUCAAUUCAUGUCACUUGCUAUUCUCUUUCAGAGUUGCAAAAUGCCACAGGUAACUUUGCAACAGGUCGCCUUCUUGGAGAGGGAUCAAUUGGUCGAGUCUAUAGGGCAAAGCAUGCUGAUGGGAAGGUUUUGGCUGUGAAGAAAAUAGAUUCCUCACUUCUACAAGGUGGACAUGGGGGAAAAUUUAGGGAAGUAAUCACACAUAUCUCUGAACUACGCCACCCAAAUAUUUCAGAACUCGUUGGUUAUUGUUCAGAACAGGGACAGAACAUGAUAAUCUAUGAGUAUUUUAGAAAUGGUUCACUUCAUGAGUUCCUGCACCUGUCAGAUGACUUUAGCAAACCACUUACGUGGAAUACCAGAGUCAAAAUUUCUCUAGGAACAGCUCGUGCUCUCGAGUACUUGCAUGAGGUUUGCUCUCCAUCUUAUGUUCACAAGAACAUAAAGUCUUCUAAUAUUUUGCUUGAUGCUGAACUAAAUCCCCGUCUCUCUGACUGUGGCUUGACAGUUUUCUAUGAGGGAAAAAAUCAGCGGAUGAACAAAAAUCAUGGGAUUGGAUAUAAAGCGCCUGAGUGCACAAAACCUUCAGCUUAUACAUCAAAGAGUGAUAUCUACAGCUUUGGGGUGAUUAUGUUGGAAUUAUUGACAGGUCGAAUGGCUUUUGACAGUUCAAAGCCAAGAAUGGAACAGUUUCUUGUCCGGUGGGCCCCACCUCAGCUUCAUGAUAUUGAUGCCCUGGAGAAAAUGGCUGAUCCUGCCCUGCGUGGGCUGUAUCCGCCCAGAUGUCUUUCUCGUUUCGCAGAUGUAAUUGCUCUGUGCGUGCAGUCGGAGCCAGAAUUUCGGCCACCCAUGUCUGAAGUGGUAGAAGCGUUAGUUCGUUUAGUUCAGUGACCGAGUAUUAAAGCAAAGCGGGGGGGAGGAUCUUGGUUGGUGCAUCUGGUUGGAUGGAUGAUUGUGAAUCACUGAAAUCUGAGACUGGUUUCUCUGAAAACAUCAAAUGAUGGCAACAAAAGAUGUCUAUGGUUUCUGCUGCAGUAGGGACAAUUGUGCUUGUUGUAGAGCUUCCUUGUUUUCUGCGAAUGACGUGACAAAGGUAAAAACUAAGCAAAGCAGCAUAUGAGGUCGUCCGUGGUGUUCUAGGAUUUGCAUCCUUAGCAGUUGAGCAAUCUUAAAAAUUUUUACACGAGUCCCUGUCAGUCACCCGCCCGCUUGCUUGUACACCUUCUUCUUCUUCUUCUUCUUCUUCUUCUUUUUUUGUAUUGAGAAGCUCAUUCCCAAGUUGUGCAAAAGCCAUAGCAAAUUCUACCUACUACUAUUAUUUAUGGCACAAGAAGAAGGUACGGGGACCCUCCCUCCAUAAAUUUCAUUCCACACCAAGUCAAUUGGAUCAGCGGACGGUCCCUGUACAUCGACAGAUGAAUGAAUAAUUCAAUUCAAAUUCUAUACUUG